GCCGUACGGGGAGCGAGCGAGACGACAGUCCCGGGCAGCGCAUAGUUGCGUUUCAUCAAAACAAAAACGCAGCAACAAGAGAACAAGCGCUCGGAAUAGUAAGGCAAGCGGUGCGCCACGAUUAGUUUUGGUACGUUUUCGUUCGCUGUUUUUUCCCCGUGGUGCAAUUGCACAAUUACAAUUCGCAUCGCAUCGCGACACAACACAAACAACGCGUACGGUGAAUCCCUGCCCACCCACACGCAACUAGCGCGUGGUUCGGUUCGAGGCAUGGCCGAGGCUGCACCGUUUGGCAUGAGUCAGCUACUGCACUAGCGCCUAACACUCCUGCCCCGAUGACAGAACUCGGGCAAGGGAUCGAGUGAAGCUGCGUUUUGUGUGUGUUUUUUCCCCGUUCAAGAACCGAAGGAAAAGACGUCUCCAGUUUUGUUGCGGUACCCCGGUAAAGACGGACACCAAUCUCUCCUGCCCCACUCUGGUGAAGCGUAUCGAGCGGAGGGAGCUGCAACCAUGUCGAACCUUUACCUACUUCCAAUCUCCGUGUUUUUGCUGUUCAAUUUCACCUUCAUCGGCACGUACAUUGCCGCAGUACUGCAAGGGCAUGUGGUGCCGACGGUACCGUACAUCAGCGAUGCGGCCACCUACUCACCCGAAAGCUGCGUGUUUGGGCAGUUCAUCAACAUUGGCUGUGUGCUGCUUGGCAUCACCAUCUACGUGCGCUACCGGCAGAUACAGGAGCUCUCGUUCCGGCACAGUGACGUCCGGCAGGCGCUGGGCCGGUGCAGCGGCAUCGGCUUCUGGAUCGGUAUCGGCAGCUGUCUCGGCAUCAGCAUCGUCGGCAACUUCCAGGAGACGAACGUGCGGAUCGUCCACUACGUCGGUGCGUUCCUGAGCUUCGGGCUCGGCACGGUGUACUUCUGGAUACAGUCGUACAUCUCGUACUACAUCCAGCCGUACAUGGGCACGAUGCAGAAGGCGAACCUGCGCAUGGCCCUGUCGGUGGUGUGCACCGUGUUCUUCAUGAUCGUCGCGGUGACGGGCGUCAUCUCGCACAUCCUGUUCCGCGGGACGGACCCCCGCAAGUGGUACCCGUCGGACGGGGGCUGGGAGUAUCACGUGGCCAGCUCGAUCUCGGAGUGGAUCGUCGCGACCGCCUUCUGCUUCUACGUGCUCACGUUCACGGACGAGUUCCGCACGAUGCAGCUGGAUCAUCCGCCGCUUAUUCUGCUGGAAAUUGACUCAUCGCGAACGUACGAACCGGUCAUCAACGAUGCGCCCGUCGCCGUUAUCUCGUGAUUUGAAUCGCGGCACGAUGGCAACGAGCGCACCAGCCUGCGAGCAUCAACGCACAGCCUUAGCCGACCGGGCGCACCCGCUGACGACGAUGGUGAGGACGGGGGUGAGGACGGGGACGGUGCCAGUAGCAACCAAAACCACCGUCCGGUGCGAUCCUUCAGCGAUACUGAUCUCAAACUGCUCUGCCGGCGCUGCUCCGAGCCGGUCCGGUUCGCCGGCGGUCGAAAGCGCUCCCCGGUGGCAAGGGGUACGCCCCAGUCCCGGCGUACACCGUCGGCCGGGUGCAGUGUUGCGAACCAUCCGCCCGUCGCCGCGGGCAAGCUUGGCUCGCUGACACUGUCGCUGAUGCUUGUCGCCCUGAUGGAAGCACUGCACUCCCUUACCCUUUACUUUAGUGACAGCCUGCGGCAGAGCUACAUUUGAUCGUACGUCGUGUUCCGGUUUUCCACUUCUCCCUGCGACCGAUCGGGGUCACUGUGCACCCUAGCAAUCCCAUUUAGCGAUAGUAUAGGAAGGAAGGUAGUUUCGUUACAUGCACACUUUUAUUUAAUAUUUACAAGAAAAAGGCCACCAUGUUGGGGAUUUAGUGUGGCGAGGAGUAAUAUUAGGUUUGAACAAAAAGGCAAUUUGGUUGUUUUAUUUCUCUUAGUCUCUUAGCACCACCUCCCUUAUCCCACUUAGCUCUCGAAUGCUCUGCAGUUAGGAUCCGAGCAUCUUUAAGCGAGUGAAGUAUGCAGUUAUUUGUUGUAAAUGAAGUCUGGUACUGAAGCGUUGGAGCAAGAUCGGUAGGGUAAGGAAGAAACAACAAUGAGCUGUGUUAUAGAAGAAUGGAAAACAAAUACCAAUGCUCGUAAUAAUUCGCUAGUGAUGAAAUAAAAAACAAAACAUAAUCAACUACA